AUCCAUGGCUGCCGAUGUGUAUUGGUAUCGCGAUUGCUUUUGGAUCUAUCUAGCUCACUGCUACAAGAGGACAAAAUGUCGCAGCAGCAGUUGGAAUUCUGCUCGCGGCGGUAAGAAGUUGCAAUGGAGCCGUGCAGUUUGGCUGUUCAGUCUGCGGGGGUGUGUUCGAUCCCCCGUAGUUAUGGACAUGGCGGCACUGGCAGCCAUUGCCGCAGUCGUUUUGCGGUUGCUUGCCGCCGGGAGGAUUCCGGGGAGUAUCGUCAAUUGAAGCGGAGGUACGUCCUUAUUACACCCUUUCUGGCAGGAGGAGUUUACGCGCUUCGCUCAGCGCUGGCGAAGGCGGAGGAGAUGCCGGCCGGAGUUGGGGAAGGGGAAGUUCGGAGUCCGCAGGUGAACUCUCCGGAUGAGGCGGUUUUGGAGGCGGAGGAUGAGAUGAUUAAUUCGAGAAUUUAUGACGCGACGGCGAUUGGGGAACCGAUGGCUUUAGGGAAGGAGAAUAGGAAGAAGGUGUGGGAGAAGAUGAUGGAUGCGCGGGUUGUGUAUUUGGGGGAGGCGGAGCUAGUUCCGGUACAGGAUGACAGAGAAUUAGAGCUUGAGAUUGUGAAGAAUUUGAGGAAGAGAUGUGUGGAAGUUGAGCGGCCUCUUUCCUUGGCACUGGAAGCUUUUCCUUGUAAUCUACAAGAACAGCUCAAUCAGUAUAUGGAUAACAGGAUUGAUGGAUCAACCCUAAAAUCAUAUGUUACACAUUGGUCACCUCAACGUUGGCAAGAGUAUGAACCUCUGUUGACGUAUUGCCAUGAUAAUGGUGUUCGAUUGAUUGCAUGUGGUGUGCCACUUGAGAUUCUACGAACAGUUCAAGCACUAGGUGUUCGUGGCCUUUCUAAAGUUGAUCGUAUAAAAUAUGCUCCUCCUGCCGGAUCGGGCUUCAUCUCAGAAUUCUCUUCUAUCACUAGGAGACCCGCUGAAGCAUUGAAUUUUCCUAAUCAAUCCACUCCUUACGGCCCAAGAUCAUAUCUUUCCAUACAAGCAAGAGCUGUUGAGGACUACACAAUGUCUGAGAUCAUCUUACAAAGUAUAACAGAUGUUGGACCCACAGGCAUGCUAGUAGUUGUGGCAGGUGCUGGCCAUGUUGCAUAUGGGCCAAGAGGAUCUGGGAUACCGGCAAGGAUUGCGAGGAAAAUAAAGAAGAGAAAUCAGUUGGUCAUAUUACUUGAUCCUGAAAGACAACACAUUCGAAGGGAAGGUGAAGUGCCUGUAGCAGAUUUCCUGUGGUAUUCAGCAGCCAGACCUUGCAGUAGAAAUUGCUUUGACCGUGCUGAAAUUUCUAGAGUUAUGAAUGCAGCAGGAAGGAGGAGAGAUGCCUUACCACAGGAUAUUCAGAAAGGUUUAGAUCUUGGGGUGGUAUCACCGGAAGUGCUUCAGAACUUUUUUGACCUGGAGCAAUACCCUCUUAUUGCUGAAUUGACAAAUCGUUUUCAGGGUUUCAGAGAGAGGCUACUGGCAGAUCCAAAGUUUCUAUACAGAUUAGCCAUAGAAGAAACUGUAUCAAUCACGACAACGCUCCUAGCACAAUAUGAGAGGCGCAAAGAGAAUUUUUUUGAGGAAAUUGAUUAUGUGUUAACAGAUACGAUAAGGGCAGCAGUUGUUGAUUUUUUCACUGUGUGGCUUCCAGCUCCGACAAUGUCAUUCCUCACGAGUGUUGAUGGGAUCAGUCAGCCUGGCAGCAUGGAAGGAUUGAAAGGUCUUCUGGUGUCUAUCCCACAUAAUGCAUUUCAAAAAAAUCUUGCUGGGAAUUACUGGACCCUAAAUCAAAGAAUUGCCGCAGUAGUUAUUGGUGGUUUUAAACUGGCUGGUGUUGGAAUUAUUUCAAGCAUUGGCACAGUAGCUUCCUCCAAUGGGAUAUUUGCUGUACGAAAGAUGCUUAAUCCAAACAUUGCUAAUAAGCAACAGAAUAAGCGGUCACCUUUGCUGAAAUCGGCACUUGUGUAUGCGGCCUACCUUGCAACAUCAUCUAAUCUUCGUUACCAGGUUAUUUCAGGAAUAGUGGAGCAUAGAAUUUCAGAGCCAUUUGCUGACCAAACAUUAAUUGUAAACUUGAUAUCGUUUGUGGCCCGGACAAUCAACUGUUACUGGGGAGCCCAGCAAUGGGUUGAUCUGGCACGAUACACUGGAUUGCAAGCUCGCAGGAUGGAAAAUGUCCAAAUACAGGCUAUGGAUUCAUCUGGUUCUGCUGCAAUAGAAUGCAAAGUUUUGGAAGAUACCAAAAUGGAAGAAACCAGCAACCAUUAGGUCAGACUUUCAGACAUGCCUGCACAAUUGUUUUAUUCCUUCUCAAAAUUUUUGCAAAGCAACAUGUUACAUAGGAUUUGUAAACAGAAAAAACCAGAGAAUGUGAUCGCCAUAUUCAAAAUGGCGACACAUAAUGUACCCGGAAAGUUUCUUCGCCUUUUCACUUAUUAAUCUGUCUACAUAAAUUCUUGGUCCAUAUUUUAAUUAUUCAUGCAAUACAAUCUAAGAAAUUUAUCGCA